AUUUUCUCCCUCUAGUCUUCUCUCACUGCUCGAUGAGACCGAUGCGGCGUACGGAGGCGUAUACGGAAUUAUCGUGCGUACUUUCUUCUCGCCAUUCGGUUUCCGUACGGCCACCUUGCCCUCGCUCCACUUUACAACGCGUAUCUCGGUUAUUACGCCCGGGCCGACAUAGGCAACGAUCGAAACCCUCGAGCGAAAGCUCCGCGACCCGCGAGGAGCUGUCGUCGGAGUUCGGCCAAUAUGGCGGUUACACGCGCUUACACGGUGCCUUAGCCAGCACUGCCGUCUGUCUCGCGGACGGUUCCAGCGACGCCGACGCGAGGCGCCGCGAUGCGAAGCAACCCGGCGCGGACGCUUCUCCGCAGACCGCCACCGCCGCCACCGCCACCGCCGACGCCGACGCUGACUCCGCCAACGUCGUAGAACGCCGACGCCAACGCGGACGAGCCAUCGGCCGGUGUACAAGCGUUGCAACGAAGCUAAUGCUUGUGAUCCUGCAUGCGAAUGACCCGACAGUGUUCGCAAUCCUUCGUUAUAAUCACAGGUAAUUCCGAGGAUGGAAAAGCUGCAAAUUCGUGAAUCACGAUGGAUGGCUGAGGGUUGAAGCUACGAAUAAUUUCGACGAACCUUAACGAAUUUUCGCUCUACGAAUGUCCAUGUAUAAACACAGCUAAUAAUAAACUAUAAUA